CGCCAUUUCCCUCCGUCUGUGCUCAGUUACAGCUUCCCUCCCUCUGUCUCUCUAAAGAAGGCUUGGUCUUCUCCUCCUCUCUUUUCUGUCGUCUCCCCCUCUGCGUUAAGCUUCGUCCAGCUCUUUUAGGUUUAAGUUACUGCUACUUGAGUACUUAUGGGGAAUGCCGAUGGCGUGUUCCCCGGCACGGAGUUUGCGCGCCGCGUGCCGGUGCCGCCGCCGCGGCCGUUCCUCGACACCUUCAGGACCAACCUGAAGGAGACGUUCUUCCCCGAUGACCCCCUCCGGCAGUUCAGGAACGAGCACGGCCCGCGGAGGGUUAUACUGGGGUUGAAAUACUUCUUGCCCAUCCUUGAAUGGGCUCCGAGCUACAGUUUCGGCCUCUUCAAGUCUGACCUCAUCGCGGGGAUCACCAUUGCCAGCCUCGCCAUCCCGCAGGGGAUCAGCUACGCGAAGCUCGCGAAUCUGCCACCGAUUCUUGGUCUAUAUUCGAGCUUUGUGCCCCCGUUGGUGUAUGCGAUGAUGGGGAGCUCACGCGACCUCGCCGUAGGGACGGUGGCCGUAGCUUCUCUUUUGAUCGGGUCGAUGUUGGGGAACGAGGUCUCCCCUACCAAGGAUCCGGCAUUGUACUUGCACUUGGCCUUCACUGCAACUUUCUUCGCUGGUCUCUUUCAAGCGGCCUUGGGGUUGUUGAGGCUUGGCUUCAUAGUGGACUUCUUAUCUCAUGCAACCAUAGUGGGAUUCAUGGGAGGAGCUGCCACAGUGGUGUGCCUACAGCAGCUCAAAGGCAUGCUGGGUCUCCAACAUUUCACUACUGCCACUGACUUGGUCUCGGUCGUGAAGUCAGUUUUCUCACAAGUUCACCAGUGGAGGUGGGAAAGUGCAGUUCUUGGAUGCUGCUUCCUCUUCUUUCUUCUCCUCACACGUUUCUUUAGUAAAAGGCGGCCCAAGUUCUUCUGGGUCUCUGCAGCUGCCCCCUUGACUUCUGUGAUACUGGGAAGCGUUUUGGUGUACCUCACUCAUGCUGAGAACCAUGGAGUCCAAGUGAUUGGCUACCUGAAGAAGGGUCUGAAUCCGCCAUCAGCCACCAGCUUAACCUUCAUGCCGCCGUACAUCAUGGUGGCGCUGAAGACCGGCAUCGUUACCGGUGUUAUCGCACUCGCCGAAGGGAUUGCAGUCGGAAGGAGCUUUGCCAUGUUCAAGAACUAUCACAUCGAUGGUAACAAAGAGAUGAUAGCUAUCGGGACGAUGAACAUGGUUGGAUCUUUGACAUCAUGUUAUCUAACAACCGGGCCGUUCUCGAGAUCGGCGGUAAACUACAACGCCGGAUGCAAGACAGCGAUGUCGAACGUGGUGAUGGCGAUCGCGGUGAUGAUCACCUUGCUGUUCUUGACGCCACUGUUUCACUACACGCCCCUGGUGGUCCUCUCCGCCAUCAUCAUCGCCGCCAUGCUCGGCCUCAUCGACUACGAGGCGGCAAUUCAUCUGUGGCAUGUCGACAAGGUCGACUUCUGCGUGUGCCUCGGCGCCUACCUCGGCGUCGUCUUCGUCAGCGUCGAGAUCGGACUAGUAAUUGCAGUCUUCAUCUCCAUUCUGAGGGUGCUACUGUUCGUCGCAAGGCCGAGGACCACCGUGCUUGGCAACAUCCCGAAUUCCAUGGCUUACCGGAGAGUGGAUCAGUAUCCGGUGGCACAAAGUGUUCCCGGAGUGCUGAUCCUCCGUAUCGAUGCUCCGAUCUACUUCGCCAAUGCUAGCUACUUGCGAGAGAGGAUAUCAAGGUGGAUCGAGGAGGAGAACGAAAGCUCCAAGGGAGAGACCAGCUUGCAGUAUUUGAUAUUGGACAUGGGUGCUGUUGGCAGCAUUGACACCAGUGGAAUCAGCAUGCUGGAAGAGGUCAAAAAGAUUAUUGAUAGAAACUGCAGCAUUAAGCUUGUAUUAGCAAACCCUGGGAGUGAGGUGAUGAAGAAGCUGAGCUCGUCAAAGAUCCUUGAAGCCAUUGGCCAUGAGUGGAUCUUCCUCACCGUAGCCGACGCUGUUGCUGCAUGCAAUUUCAUGCUGCAUACAUGCAAGGCCAGUGACACCACAUCCUGCGAGAACGUUGUCUAGGAGUAAAAGGAGUUGCAGAGAGCCAGAACCAAGAUAAAGACGAUGCAGGAUGAAGAAGACAAGAGCUUCACAAGCAGGAAUUAAUGGCCACCUGCUAUUAUUACUACGGAGGUUUUUGCAUGCUCUAAUCCGCUCAAGAACAACUACUAUAUGUGGUGUACUAUGUUGUAUGUACGAACGGGAAUGAGAGCCCUCUUCUUCUUUGUUAGGAUGGCUAAUCUGGAAUCGAUCCUUUUUGUGUGACUACCUUCCAUUAAGGCCAAGUAUUUAUGGAUCAGAGCUUAUGUGGAAGGAGGAUAAUAAAGCGUGAAAUUCACCUUCCA